AUGAACCAUGUGCUGUGCAUUCCCAAGACCAUGAACUUUCUCUCCUAUGAGGAUAUACUCGGCUUUGUUUUAGUUUGUCUAGCUCUUUUCUUCUCUUUGAUCACAAUCCUUGUGUUGGCAGCCUUCAUCAAACACUGCAACACACCAAUCGUCAAGGCCAACAACCGCAAUCUCACCUACAUCCUCCUGGUCUCUCUCCUGCUCUGCUUCCUCUGCUCCUUCCUCUUCAUCGGGCAGCCAAGGAACCUUACCUGUCUCUUCCGACAAACUACUUUUGGCAUCAUCUUCUCCAUUGCCAUUUCAUCUGUGCUGGCAAAAACUCUGACUGUAGUUGUGGCCUUCAUGGCUACAAAGCCAGGAAACAGGACACGAAAACUCCUGGGAAAGCAACUGAUUGUAGUCUUGGCUUGUCCCCUUCUGCAAACAACUCUUUGUGCCUCCUGGCUGGCAAUCUCCCCCCCAUUUAUGAAUUUGGACUUUCAUUCUGUGAAGGGAGAAAUUGUGAUGGAAUGCAAUGAAGGUUCAACCACCAUGUUUUAUGCUGUCCUGGGCUACAUGGGUUUUCUGAGUCUCAUCAGCUUUAUAGUGGCUUUUUUAGCCAGGAAGCUGCCUGACAGCUUUAACGAAGCCAAGUUCAUUACUUUUAGCAUGCUGGUCUUUUGCAGUGUUUGGGUCUCCUUUCUCCCCACCUAUCUGAGCAUCAAAGGGAAGUCCAUGGUAGCUGUGGAGAUCUUCUCCAUCUUGGCCUCUGCAGCUGGUUUGCUGAGUUUCAUCUUCUUCCCCAAAUGCUACGUUAUAGUACUGAGGCCAGAUCUGAACGAUAGAAAUCACCUCAUGAGGAAAAUUAAGUAG